AUGAUGAAGCUCAUCGUCUCCGGAUUCGCCACUCUUUCCGGCUUCGCUAUUAUUGCUCUGACCGUGUUCGUUCCUCAAAUUUACUGGGAAAUGAAUGAGCUGCAGGAAGAAGUUGUCGGAGUCGUUGAGAGUUUCAAGGUUACUGUCACGUGUUAUAUUGCAUACUGACUGCUGGAUUCAGGUCGAAACGGAUUCCCUUUGGAUUGAUCUUAUGGACGUCCAAAUCAAACAUUCUGCCCCAUCUCGUCCUCUUGAAAAUCCACUACUCAGAAGGGACAAAAGAUUCACAAAGCUGCCCGAAUGGUGCCAAUGCGACUCUGCUCCACAGUGCCCACCAGGACCGCCAGGACCACCAGGAGCACCAGGAGCACCAGGAAGUAUGGCGGAAUCUUAUUAACGUUUUUAACGAAGUUAAGUUUUUCAGCGCCUGGGGACCAUGGUCCACGUGGAAUGGACAACCCACAUUCUCUAGGAAGCACUGCAUGCGAUACCCAAAUCACUGGAUGUGUUCAAUGCCCGCGGGGACCACCUGGACCUCCAGGAGAUAUCGGAUCGGUCGGAGCACAAGGACCCGACGGAGCCGCAGGAGCACCUGGAAGCCCUUCGCAGACACACGGAAGACCAGGACAACCGGGACCACCGGGAGAUGCUGGAGAACCAGGAUUGCCAGGACAGGAUGGAGAACCGGGAAGGCCAGGAGCCGACGGACAGAGACAGAGAGGACUUCCGGGACCACCAGGACUUCCAGGAGCAACUGGAAAGGCCGGAGCAAACGGAGCACCGGGACAGAAAGGAAAGGACGGAGAUGCCGGAAGCGAGGGAAUCCCUGGAGUUCCAGGACCACGGGGAGCCCCAGGACAGCCGGGAAGCAGCGGAGUUCCGGGAGGACCGGGUAUUCCAGGUGAGAACAACUCAUUCAACAACUUUUAUGUCUCAUACUUUCCGCUUUCAGGUCGCGACGGUCAAUACUGCCCGUGCCCUCCUCGUUCGUUCGUUCUGGCGGCCGUCCGUCGUCACCGUUCGCACUGA